CAGGCGAAGGAACUGAGUGAGGCAGUUUUAUAGUUGCGCGCCUCAGACAUGGACGGGACAGAGAGGAGUCGGAAGAGCUGCGCUGAGACGGAUCAGGCGCAACAGCCCAUGAUGGAACUCAAUGGAAAGGAUAAGAGUGACUCGCCGUCAGAUAGAGUCACGCUUAAAAAAGAAAUCGGACUCCUCAGCGCAUGUGCCAUUAUUAUUGGUAACAUCAUUGGUUCGGGGAUAUUCAUCUCUCCUAAGGGUGUUUUGGAGCAUGCUGGUUCGGUGGGUCUUUCCCUCAUCGUAUGGGUGUGCGGAGGGGGUAUCUGCGCCCUGGGGUCCAUGUGUUACGCUGAGCUGGGCGUCACCAUUCCCAAGUCAGGGGGAGACUACUCCUACGUCACGGAGAUAUUCGGAGGACUGGUGGGGUUCCUGCUCCUAUGGAGCGCGGUUCUCAUCAUGUACCCCACCACCCUGGCUGUCAUAGCUCUCACCUUCUCCAACUAUGUCCUGCAGCCAGCCUUCCAGAACUGUGUCCCUCCAUACUUGGCCACCAGGCUUCUCUCCACCAUCUGCAUAUUGUUCCUGACGUGGGUAAACUGUUCCAGCGUACGCUGGGCCACCAGGAUCCAGGACGUGUUCACAGUGGCCAAGCUGCUGGCUCUGGGACUCAUCAUAGCUGUGGGACUGGUGCAGAUCUGCAGAGGUCACUAUGAUGCUCUGAGACCCAGUCAGGCGUUUGAGUUCACACGGGACCCCUCUGUCGGUCAGAUAGCUCUGGCUUUCCUCCAGGCCUCCUUCGCCUUCAGCGGCUGGAACUUCCUGAACUACGUCACUGAGGAGGUGGUGGAGCCACGCAAGAACCUGCCCCGGGCUAUCUACAUAUCCAUUCCCCUGGUGACGUUAGUCUACACUCUGACCAACAUUGCAUACUUCUCCUCCAUGACCCCCGAAGAGCUGUUGGCAUCCAACGCCGUGGCCGUGACAUUUGGUGAGAAGUUGCUGGGCGUAUUCUCCUGGGUGAUGCCCAUCUCUGUAGCUCUGUCUACAUUCGGAGGAAUCAACGGCUAUCUCUUCACUUCAUCCAGGUUGUGUUUCUCUGGAGCCAGAGAGGGUCACCUGCCUUACCUGUUGGCCAUGAUCCACCUGAAGAACUGCACCCCUAUUCCUGCUCUGCUAGUCUGUUGCGGAGCCACCAUUGUGAUCCUGUGUAUCGGAGAGACUCACAACCUGAUCAACUAUGUGUCGUUUAUUAACUUCCUGUCCUAUGGAGUGACCAUCGCUGGCCUGCUGUACUAUCGCUGGAAGAGACCCAACCUGCUACGACCCAUCAAGGUGAGUGUGUUGGUCCCUAUCAGUUACCUGGUGUUCUGGGCGGUGCUGCUGGGGUUCAGCCUGUACUCCGAGCCUGUGGUGUGUGGCAUGGGGAUAAUCAUCAUGCUCACCGGGGUACCCGUCACUUACUAUAUCGGAGUCCACUGGAAGAACAAGCCCAGAUGUGUCUACAGGGUCGUGGAGUGUGUGACCUACGUGGGUCAGAAGCUGUGUUUCGUGGUGUUCCCCCAAGAAGACCUGUCAGAGAUCACCCCCUCACAGCCUCCGAUAAACACAUCGACUGACUGAGCAGGCCCCCCUCACAGCCUCGGAUAAACAC